AUGCAAGAAAAGAGAAAGGGGAGUUACACACGAGCUGAAGGAGACGCAGCUUUUGGCAAAAGCGAACGAGCAACGCACGUUGUUGCGGUAAACAACGGCAAGAAAGCAGAGCAUUAUUCGCGGGAAACCGUCCGACCAAAUAGAUCAUGGGAUGUCAGAUCCGAAGCUCAAAGAGAAUUUUCAACCCCAGUUUUGUCCAAGGACCCCGACAUUUUCCUAAUUGCUGCUGAAAACUAUCUCAAAAAUAUAAUUAAGGAAUUAACAUGGAAAGUGGAGAAGGGGUUUGUUGAGGAAGGCGUAACCAAUUAUCCAUAUAGGGAGGGUGGGAUCGAGAAGCAGAGGGGAGGCCAUGCUUGUCGUGCAUUGAUAGUUGAAAAAGAUCAAAAAAAGAUUGUACAAGAACUUCGAGUGAAGAGGUCGAGGCCUAACUUUUUGGUAAAGGUUAGGAGUUCAUUGAGGAUUAAAAAAGUUAAGGGAGAUGAUGUUACACCGAAAAAGAACGAAGCUAACGAGUUGCAUGUAUCAAGUAUGGAAGGAUGCACCACAGAACUCGUUUGGUGGCUACUAACACUCGCUACUAGUGUAAGGAGCCGGGACAUAUGGCCAAUCAAUAUCCUAAGAAAAAUGGAGGCGAUCGGAGGGUAG